AUGGACACCCUUCGCGGCUUCCUGCUUGUACCGCCGGAUCGCAGCCAGAUUCUCGGGAGAGCAAGCUGGAAAGCACGAUACGUCCUCGUCGGUCGAAAAACACCAUCCCACCGCGAUAAUGGUAACAGCUGUAACAUUGGCAAUGCUACGCUUCCCAAAACUUUGCCCAGGCCCGUCAGUGACGAAUACUUUGUCUGCGUAUAUAAAAACAAGGACGACACCGAGCCUAUUCAACAAUGGAGCGUAUCCUUGAUAACGGAUUGCCAAGUUCAAAAUGUAUCUCACCGAAAGCAAACUGUGGCUCAGCCGACCCUCGUCAUAACUCUGUCCGACAAGGAGCGUAAACGUCGCUCUAGCCGAGCCGCAGGCCUCAUGACCUCCGGCAAAGACGCGAGUGUAACCACCCUUUGGUUCCGCGCCGCUCCCGAAGAUAAACAAAUCAGUCUGGACGAUUGGGCUCGCUUCAUUUUAUCCAAGAAGUCUAUGUCUAAUUCAGAGAGCCCUGUUUCGCCCGUCUUCAACAGCCCUUUCAUCACACGCAGCCGUGAGGUGCCAGAGCACUUUCCAAGACCUGGUAGCAGUGGCACCCGUUUGCAGCACAAGAGCUCUACCGCAACAUACUCUACGGGUCCCAGAGAACGGCCUGUGACAUUCAGUUCUCAGUCGCCGAGUUUACGUUCCAAACGCAGCGAUCUCUCUUCCCCAUCUACCACCAACAACAAUUAUCCCAUCCCUGGUCAAUUAUAUACGACUGUGCUGCCGACCGACAUUGGCCCUUCCGCCGAGUUGAAUGGCGAUUCCAGAGACGGAUGGACCUCCAGCUCUGUCUACGGUCGCUCUACCGUCAACUCACCGGCACACAUGCGCGACAGCAUGAGCAGCCAUGGCUUCUAUGGUGAGAUACCCGAGGUGAAUGCGCCUCCGGCCCCAGGCGAGACCAUUCUUGAUCGAGCUUUCAAACUGGGUCAUGUCCCAUUUGCAAUCCCCGACGUGCCCGGGCAGGAGAAACUGAGCUCCAUUGCCAGAUUCGAUCUAUUAAUGCGGGACGCGGAGCAACGACGGUUACAGAAGGAGACUGCCGGCAAGAGAACCCGCCAAACUCUUGAGAGCAGAUUUGAGGAUGAGGACUCCUCGGAGGAGACACAGUCCGAUCGCUCUCAUGGAGCGGAUACUGGAGACGACGCACAAGGACGGCAAGGCAAAGCGAAUCUAAUUUCACCAUCAGCCCAAAGGGCCCUGGAUUUCAUUGCUGACCGAAACGGCCGACGCCAGGGCCAACCUAGGCACAGACCUUCAGCUUCUCGUAACCACCUCAGCUUCCAUGCCGAUGCGGCCCCAGCUGCCAUUGUCACUGCUCCGCCAGUGCGUCCUCACACCGCUCAUGCCAAGAGUCGACCCGGCGCACAACGUACGCAAAGCACACCUCACCUCAUUCCUUCAGCCGUCACCCAUGAUAUUCCCAAUGUGCCCACCAGGAUCCAAGAGGAGUCCCGCAAGCCAGCCGCUGAUAAGCGUAUCUCUGGCUCGAGCUCAAAGAGGCUCAGUCUCAAUGACAUAACCAAGCGAUUCUCGAGCACGAGCAGCUUGUUGCUCGUGCAGACCAACGCCAGCGGCGCCAGUAGCCGGCGAAGCAGUGAAGUCGAUGCCAGUUCCUCUACCCCGCGAACCAACCUCUCCAUUCGCGGGACCAGCCAGGUUGCCAGAAACAGAGAAGAUCAGAAAUGCGGCUGGCGAGGUAGCGUAAACGUUGUCUCGCCCGAGGGUGGUUUUCUGUAA